AUGGACCCUCCAGCCCGUCACGACCACACGAGGGCGACGCUACGCAGCACCCAGGCUUCGUUCACCACCGCUCCUGCAUCGCCCGACCACCAUCAAGACAUGUCGCCCUAUACCACUAUGGCCCAUGUAGCUUUCGCUCCCGCUACCCAGCAGACCGUCGUAACGACGACCACGACAACCACCGUCACCCUCCCUCCUCUACUCAUCCGCCCACCCAGAGACAUGCUCAGCCGCGACCCCAAGCAGUAUCCUCUGGCCUCCACCCCCACUCCUUCUUCGCUACAACGCUUCUCUCUCAAUGUUGGAGGUACUCCGAUCGUCUACCAGGAGGCUCAGAACGUCCAGUCGUCACUUGAUAAGUACAAGCUACAGCAAGCACAACUGCAACAAUCCAACGGUAUCAUCCGCAGUCAAAAGGCUUCCUCCCAGAACUACCACACACCCACCCGAGCUCAGGAGUUCCGACCACCGCCGCCCAAAAGGCCCGCUUCACCACCCAGUCUCGCCGAGGCGGCAGAGCUAGCUAGCCUACACCGUCGUAAGAGACAUCCUCGCUCGCUUCUGUCACGAACCCGCUCUGGUAUAACAUACCCGCUCGCCGACGACGAACAAACUUCAACCUCAGAUUCUACUCACCGUCUCAUGCCAGUAACACCAGACACUGAUGCUGCCCCAGCCAACGACCGCGAGCAGCAGCGGGUGUCUUCUCUAACACAAAAAGCCCGCGAAUGGCAAGAGCAGCAUGCAAAGCAGAAAGCGUCAGUUGCAGGUCCAAGUCAUUCUUUCGACAGAGAUGCUGCUACUGCCACUCCCCCGGUUGCAGAGGGUGACCUCGAACCCGUCGAUAACCCCUAUCCUCGUCUUGAGCAGCCGAGACCGCUACCUGCUGGGUUACUGAGUGGCUCACAACAGGACGCCAGCCUCCCAAGCCCCAGUCUCUCCCCCGUCACGGCCGCCGCAAACCUGGCUCGCAGCCACCAGCUUCUCCUCUCAACUCGUGAUGCUGACGACGAGAAUGCCAGUCAAGUAUCCAGACUGGACCUCGAAGACAGCAUGAUGGCCGAUCAACCGGAUGCCCCUGCUAGUUCCAUUGAGGCUACCGUCCAGUCUCACUCUCACACUCGACAGGCCAACCAGCCUCCGUUGACGCUUAUGGAUGUUCCCACAAUGAUUGAUGCAUACGACGCCCUACCCGAGGAUAUGCAGUCUUAUGUGCUGUACCAAAUGCUCAGACGUUCCACCAAGAAAACGUUACGGACUGUCGCUUCGCUCGUCAAUCCAGCGCUGAAAUGCGAUCCCUUCGACGUGCUCCCAGUGGAACUCGGCUUGCAAAUCACAAAAUUCCUGGACGUCAAAAGUCUUUGUCGUGCGGCUCAAGUAUCGAAGAAAUGGAGGCAUUUGAUUGAUUCGGACGAAAGAGCAUGGAAAGAACUUCUGGACAGAGAUGGCUUCAAUCUGCCCGAGGGCGAGAUUGAACGUGCAGUUCGUGAGGGGUGGGCAUGGCAGGCACCUUCUCUGGAUGGAUACGAAGAAGAUUUGGGACAAUCAAGGUCGAUCCGCUCGGUCUCUAGAGUCGUCGAGAUGGAGCCAUUGAGUCCUUUGGCAGCUCCUUCAGUCAGCAGCGACGAUGCAGGCUCUUCAGCAUCGCUUCGUCUCACAAGAACAAAAAGAAAAGCAACAAGCAGCGCUGGUGGUCACAAAAGACAGAAGCGGAAGGCGUCCCGACGCCAAGACGAUUCCCCUCUCUGGUUGCGCGACUUCCAGACAGCACAAGGUCCCAUGGCUUACGCCAGUGCCGCUGCCAAAGCUGUGCCUAGACCUGACGUCGGUCUCCCAAGUCUGACCAACUUGCAUCUCUUCAAGUCCAUCUACCAACGGCAUCAUAUGAUUGCAAAGAGCUGGAUGGACGCCGAAGCAAAACCGCGCCAUCUGGCCUUCCGCGCCCAUCACCGCCAUGUCGUCACCUGCUUGCUGUUCGAUUCAGACAAGAUCCUGACCGGUAGCGACGACACAAACAUCAACGUCUACGAUACCCAAACUGGUGUUUUGCGAAGAAAGCUUGAAGGGCACGAAGGCGGUGUGUGGGCACUACAGUAUGAGGGCGAUACGCUGGUGUCUGGUUCGACCGACCGCUCUGUCCGCAUAUGGGAUAUUCCUUCUGGUAAAUGCCUACAGACCUUCCAAGGCCACACCUCUACCGUUCGCUGUCUGGUAAUACUGAAGCCUGUCAAGAUUGGUACAGCUGCAGAUGGCUCACCCAUCAUGAUGCCAAAAGAGCCCUUGAUCAUCACUGGCUCGCGCGACUCCACCCUCAGAGUUUGGAAGCUACCUCGUCCUGGUGAUCCGCAGAUCCAUCAGGCAGGCCCACCAGCCAACGAUAGCGACAACCCUUACUCUCUGCGUGUGCUCACUGGCCAUCACAAUUCUGUUCGAGCCAUUGCAGCUCAUGGCGACACUCUUGUCAGUGGUUCGUAUGACUGUACUGUCCGAGUGUGGAAGAUCUCGACUGGCGAUAUGGUGCAUCGUCUCACAGGCCACACACAGAAGGUCUACAGUGUGGUCCUAGAUCCUGAAAGAGGACGAUGCAUUUCGGGGUCUAUGGACAACUUGGUCAAGGUCUGGUCUCUCGAAACAGGUAACUGCCUGUUCAACCUUGACGGCCACACAUCUCUGGUAGGUCUCUUGGACCUCAGCCAUGGACGUCUGGUCAGUGCUGCUGCAGACAGCACUUUACGCAUCUGGGACCCUGACAACGGAAACUGUCAAUCAAUCUUGUCUGCGCAUACUGGGGCAAUCACAUGCUUCCAGCAUGAUGAUCAGAAGGUCAUCAGUGGCUCAGAUCGUACACUCAAAAUGUGGAACAUCGGUACGGGCGAGUGUCUACGCGACUUGCUCUCGGACCUUAGCGGAGUGUGGCAAGUCCGCUUCGACGAGAGGAGGCUAAUUGACUGCAGNGUGUUGGACUUUGGAGCAGCUCGAGACGGUGUACUUGAGAGCAAAAGAGGACACCGAAUCGUGGUCGACCCACGCGGACGCGAAAUCGAAGACAUCGACGCAACAGCAGAAGUGCAGACAGCCGCAGCAGUAGCAGCAGGAGGCUAG